AUGUUGUUUGAUGUUUUCACAUAUUUUCUGAUGUUUUUGAACCGGGCAGUCUGUGGGCCCCAUGGCAUCCAUGGCCAACACGCGCCUCGCGCAUCAAAAACCGCUUGCCGCUCGCUCCGCCAGGCUCGAGCCUCCCGUUCGUACGUUCCUUCGAGGCUCGAAAAGCAAGAACGGCUCACUGCCGCGGUGACGGGCCGGAUCCUACACCCCAUGCUGCAGGACUUGCUCGAGACACUGCCCAUGGGUGAGGAGGUGGUUUUGAGGACACCGUGCCACUACGAGCAAAUUGCCUGCGACUUGGAGCUGCGCGCGCAGCUGCUCGAGCUGCAACUGCCACCCGAACCAGAGCCACCAAAGAAAGUGAUCAAGUUCAGCCCUCCCUUGUGGAAGCAGCGUCAAGCCUUCAUUGUGCAAGCCUUGCUUGCGCGCUGUGUCAAGAGUGUCCUAGACCUCGGUUGUGGAGACGGGAAGCUUCUGGAGGCCUUGUUGCCGUUGGGUUUUGAGCGCCUGGUGGGCUUGGAGCUCUCUGAGCACCGGACGAAGGACGCCCGUCAGCGCCUCGCAGCGGCCGCCCACGGAGCUGCCAACGGCGCCGCCGCGUGGACCGUGCUGUCCGGGGACUUUGUGGCGCCGGAAGAUGAAGGAGAGCAGGCUCCUUGGAUCUUGGAGGCUGCUGGCAUCGAAGGGAUCGUCCUUUGCGAGGUGCUGGAGCACCUGCCGGAGCCCUCCAUGCCGCGGCUGUCCGGGAAGCAGGGGGGGGGAGAAGCAGACGGCCACACGAAUGGUCAUGGGAACGGUGGGAACGCUUUGACGUUCUGA